UCACUAUACUCCAAUUUUUUAAACGUUCAACAUGUAUUUGGCAAAUGUACCAUACUACAGAACUUACUGUACAAGUUGUUGGCUAACAAAGUUGUAAAUAGAACAUGUUGAAAAGUGGUAAUUAUUAUUUUGGUGGUAAAUAGACUUUGGCUCCGCCUUGUCCAACGACAGGAAGCGCCUCCACUUUACCAAGUGAUUUGCUAGUGUUUAGAAAAAAGUGAAGUAAGGCCGAAGAGAAAUCGAAUGAUUUGAUCGAAGACAUCGGCAACAGUUUAUGCCAAUUUAGUGUAAAACCUGCGAGACUUACCUCGAAUGUGGUUUGACACUCAAGAACCAAGAGAAAAACAUGAUUUCGUCAAUGCACUAAAUGUAGCAAUAUACAUAGCCUGCUUACUUUAAAGACGCCAAGAAACGUGGGAGCCUGUGCUGUGUGGUUGACCACAGGAAUGUCUUGUUGACUGAACUCUUUUCUCAUUGAAUAUCAGGCGAUGGCCCAGGAAUGUGGGUUCCAGUAUGAGCCGGUGGCAGAGAUUGGAGGGGGUGCAUAUGGGACGGUGUACAAAGCUCGGCAUGUCGAGAGCGGCCAGUUUGUAGCUCUGAAGAGCGUUCGUGUCCAGACGGACCAAGAUGGCCUCCCCAUCUCCACAGUCCGGGAGGUGGCCCUACUGAAGAGACUCGAGCAGUUUGAUCAUCCCAACGUUGUCAAACUCAUGGACGUGUGCGCCACCUUCAGGACGGAUCAGGAGACUAAAGUCACCCUGGUGUUUGAGCAUGUUGACCAGGACCUGAAGACCUACCUAGAGAAGGCCCCUGCCCCAGGACUGCCACCCAGCCGUAUUUGUGACCUGAUGCGUCAGUUGCUGUGUGGCCUGGCGUUCCUUCACUCGAACCGCGUGGUGCACCGGGACCUGAAGCCAGAGAACAUCCUGGUCACAAGCCGUGGUCAGGUGAAGCUGGCCGACUUUGGACUGGCAAGGAUCUACAGCUGCCACAUGGCUCUCACUCCUGUGGUGGUGACCCUCUGGUACAGGCCUCCCGAAGUCCUGCUUCAGUCCACCUAUGCCACACCUGUGGACAUCUGGAGCACAGGCUGCAUUUUUGCUGAGAUGUUCCGACGCAAACCGUUGUUCUGUGGAGACUCUGAAGUGGACCAACUGGGAAAGAUAUUCAAUGUGAUUGGCCUGCCACCUGAGGAGGAGUGGCCUGCUGAUGUCACCCUUUUACGACAUAACUUCAGUCCUAUCAGUCCCCGCCCAAUUACAGACUACGUUCCUGAGAUUAAUGACCUGGGGGCAGAGUUGCUGCUGGAAAUGCUCACGUUUGACCCUCUAAGAAGAAUCUCUGCCCUGAAUGCUCUAGAACAUCCUUACUUCCAGGAGGAUGAAGUGACAAAUGGUUAGAAUGCAUUGAAAGACAGGAAAUGAGACUGUGAGGAAAGGUAACCCUGACUUAAUUUGCAUUGUCAAUUGAGAUUCAGUGCAUUUCAGGCCAGGCCCAUUGUGGGUAUUACUUAUGUUACUAGACAAGCCAGUCGCACCCAGUAGACUCCCUGGAGAACGUACAGGAGAGAAGUUGGGUUUUAGGGGUUUUAGGACCAAUACACACAAACCUGAAUGCACUCUACACAGUAACUGUUCUGAGUCAUUAUUUUAAUAUAUUAUAGCUUAACAAUGUAUUUUUGUAAAUGCACACAUGGUCACAGUAGCUGGGUGGUAUUUGUGAGCAGGUUUACGGGCCAAAGAAUGUUUGUUUUUCUGUACCAGACACCCCCCUCCCUUUCAUUCCAAGAAGAUCUUGCAAUGUAUCAGUGCUGCAAAACUAAUAAAGCUGCUCCAAUCAUCAA